AGAGAACGGAACUUAUAAACUGGCCGUCGGAAAACUCGAAAUGUUCAGUACUCGACUUGCUUUUGAUGCGGGUAGCCACGUCUUUUUGUGUGCAGUGUGUGUGUGUGUCUGUGUUUUGUGAUUGUGGACGAUCGCGACAUCAUUUUUCGAUUAGUUUCUGGUCUGGUGAACUCGAGUUACUUCAACUAUUAUUACCAUCACGAGCCAUCUUAUAAUUAAAGUGGAGUGCCGCUCAGUUUUAGUUUUAGACAUUAUUAUUUUUUUUUAAAUAGUUUAUCUGUGUUCUAUUUGGCUUUCCGUUUUGUUUUUGUUUUUUUAUUUUUCGCUGCGACUCAUCAUCGGAUGGAGACUGAUUGAUGAGCACAUUUGAAUUUGGCGCUCUUCAAUUUUGAAUGCAGCCUUUUUUCUUUUUUUUUUUUUUAAGAAAAAAAAGGGUUAACUUGCAUCCGCCAAAACGGCUUGCAAGAGAGGAAGGAAACGAUCAGACAAGCGAAAACGUCUCGAGAGAUAAAAACAAACUACAACUUCUAGUUUGAGGUUCCUAGUUGAGUUUUUUGUCGGAUCUGUGCGGACUGCGUUUUGGCUUCCCGUCAUCAUGUCCGCAUCGCUGUUUUCCGUCACGUUUGGCUCUUACUUCUACUGCCACCGCCGUUCGUGCAACGGAUGGUCGUUCAACGUCGACCGACAUUGUCUGUCGUUCCCCACUAAUUAGAAGAUAUUUUAUUCUUUCUCCAAUUCACUUAUCGAUUUUUUAAAAAAAAGUGUUAUCAGUGGUGCGUUGUGACAACUUGUGCUCCGUGUUCGGUUGUGUAUACCUUUAAAAAAAAAAGGGGGGUGAAAAAGUGCGUCUUCUAAAUAACGUCGGACGUGGUCAACGAGCUGAAUAGAUUCAACUUUACGGUCACAUUGUCAGCAAAUAGGGCACGUUUGAAAUGCCCGUCAGGAGGGGACAUGUUGCCCCGCAAAACAGUUACAUCGAGACCAUCAUCCGCAAAUUCGAUGAGCUCAAUCGGAGCUUUGUGGUGGCCAACGCUCUGGCGGAUGGCGGACCCAUCAUCUACUGCAAUGAACGCUUCUGCCAAAUGGUGGGGUUCAGCAGGGCGGAGAUCAUGCAGAAGCCGGCCGUGACUGAAUUCUUGCACGGACCGCUCACUUCAGCCGAUAGUAUCAACCAGGUUCGUGAAAUCCUAUCCAAUUCUGAAGAGAAGCAGAUCGAUAUUCUCUACUACAAGAAAGAUGGCACCAAGUUCAUGUGCAGCCAAGUCAUCGCACCAAUCAAAAACGAGGCGGGUGAAGUCUGCAUGUACAUCCUUAACUUCGAAGACUGCGACGCCUUGCCGGAUGCACCUAAUAGUGCCGAGCAUUCGACGACUGUUCGCUUCAGCAAAUUCGAUCGAGCAAGGCAAUCGUUCCGCCAAUCGUUCCGGAUGACCUCCAUGCGUCGCAGUCGUCGCAACCAGCCGCCCUCAUCGGGGAUCCCGAGCCCGCCGAUAGACGACAGUGCCUGUUCGUCAGCUUCGUCCAUUCAGGAUCCUGAAGGCCGGGUCGUCUCCAGCUCCAAGUUAGAGAGUCCCAAGGAGGAAGAAGAGAACCCUUUCCCUUCGGAUGUUUUGCUGUCGACGGUAUGCGAAGUCAACGAGAAAAUUUUUCCGGCCAUCACCCUGAAACAACGCCGGUCGGGACGCGAUGGCGACAAAGAUGAGGAGCAGAGACAACCCAAAAGGCGAUAUCCAGUCAACCAAGAAAGUGUGGUGCAGGAGGACGAGGAAAUUCAGUCACCAGAGCUCGAUUUGUGCGUGCUCCAGCCUUUGGAAUUCGACACGGCCAUGAUGGACGGCCAGCAAUGUUUAGCGCUGCACCAUCGGCGACGAUUUAGUCGUCAGCGAGGUUCAAUCUCUUUAGAUGAAUCGGUGUUGAUUACGUCGCGGCUCAACGCACCGCUUAUUCAAAUUAUCCCGGACGGGUCGCCAACCAGGCCAUCUGGUGAUCGUGACAUGAAUGGCCUAGACGGAGAAAAUCGUGUGGGUGGGACGAUGGCAGUGAGAGGAGCGGCGGGACAUUCAAACAGCGUCGACCUGUCGCCGCAUAGCCAACGGCACCUAUUUUACACGAACGAAAGCAACCGAAGCUAUUCCGCAGCCCAUCCGUCGCCUAGACAUCCGGCUGAUCAGCAAUGCCGGAACAGUUUGCCGAGAGUUUCCCUCACUUCACUGGGCCGCGCCUUUACGCCCAGGAGUAGCUGGAACGGGAGUAAAGCCGCCCUGUUGCAGCUGCAACGUAAAUCCAGCCGAACGGAUGGUGGAGUUCCUGGAUAUCUGGCCAAAAAGUAUCACUUGACGAAUGCGAGUGAUCGCUCGGCCAAGGACCAGCACCAAGGCAACGCCAUCUCAUUGCGUCCGACCUCAUCUCUGGACGCUCUCAGCCGGCACAGGAUUUCCGAAGUGACGAGUCCUUGGCCCUUUCAUGGUCUCAAUUCCAUCAACACCUCGCGAUCUCAGAUAAGCAAAAGUGUUCCGAACGCCAGUUCCGAUUCCGACCUGACACGCUACAGGACAUUGUUGGCCGAUCGAAAUUCACAGCGAGGUGAUCGCAAAUCGCCGUCGCUUAGCGUCGCCACCACGGCGGUUGAAGCCGCCAAACUCAAGCAGAAUGCCAUCCAUCCUCAGAAAAUGGGAGAAAAAGUUGCUCAAGUUCUUUCGCUUGGCGCCGAUGUGCUUCCCGAGUACAAACUGCAGUCGCCUCGCAUCCACAAAUGGACGAUCCUGCACUACUCACCCUUCAAAGCCGUCUGGGACUGGAUCGUGCUUUUGUUGGUUAUUUACACGGCAAUCUUUACGCCUUAUGUCGCCGCUUUCCUCCUCAACGAGUACGAUUUCAGCAGCAAGAAAAGCCAGCGGUACGGAGACGAUCCGAUCGUCAUCAUCGACCUGCUCGUGGACGUCAUGUUUAUCAUAGAUAUCCUCAUCAAUUUUCGGACGACGUUCGUCAACAACAACGAUGAGGUAGUAUCUCAUCCGGGCAAAAUUGCCGUCCAUUAUUUUCGUGGCUGGUUCCUGAUUGACCUUGUGGCCGCCAUUCCUUUCGAUCUUCUCCUUUUUGGUUCCGACACCGAUGAGCAGACAACAACUCUCAUUGGACUUCUGAAGACGGCCCGGUUGCUGCGGCUGGUCCGAGUAGCCAGAAAAAUCGACCGUUAUUCGGAAUACGGUGCAGCCGUAUUGUUGCUCUUGAUGGCCACCUUUGCGCUUAUCGCUCAUUGGCUAGCCUGCAUUUGGUUUGCUAUCGGGAAUGCAGAACGUCCGCUGCUACGAGCCAAGAUUGGCUGGUUGGAUCAUUUGGCCAACGCGACCCAUCAAUUCUACACCGCCAAUAACACGGGAGGACCUGGAAUCAAGUCGCGCUAUGUGACGGCUCUCUACUUCACAUUCAGCAGUUUGACUUCAGUGGGUUUUGGUAACGUUUCACCUACCACCGACUGCGAAAAGAUCUUCACCAUCUGCGUCAUGCUGGUCGGAUCACUGAUGUACGCCAGCAUCUUUGGCAACGUCAGUGCGAUUAUUCAGCGGCUUUACUCCGGCACGGCUCGCUAUCACACACAGAUGUUACGGGUCAAGGAGUUUAUCAGAUUUCACCAAGUGCCCAAUCCUCUUCGUCAACGGCUCGAAGAAUAUUUCCAGCACGCGUGGACGUACACAAAUGGCAUUGACUUGAAUCUAGUCCUGAAAGGCUUUCCCGAAGGACUACAGGCCGAUAUGUGCCUCCAUCUCAACCGACACUUGCUCAAUGACUGUCCGGCCUUUCAAGGUGCUUCGCCCGGCUGCCUCAGGGCAUUGUCGAUGAAAUUCAAGACAACUCACGCUCCGCCCGGCGACACUUUGGUCCACCGUGGCGACGUACUCAGUUCCCUGCAUUUCAUCUCGCGGGGAUCCAUCGAAAUUCUAAAAGAUGACAUCGUCAUGGCCAUUCUCGGCAAAGAUGACAUCUUUGGUGAAAACCCGUGCAUCUACCCAACUAUUGGCAAAUCAUCGUGUAACAUUAGGGCGCUUACCUAUUGUGACCUGCACAAAAUCAGCCGUGACGAUCUCUUGGACGUACUGGAACUUUAUCCAGAAUUUGCCGAAUCCUUCUCUGCCAAUUUAGAGCUCACCUUCAUUCUUAGAGAUGAAGAAACGGUGGGCUUGAACCCGGUCCGUAGGUACCAGCGCCUCUCGGGUUCGGCAUCCCAAGAUCACGAAGGUGACGUAAGAAAACACGCUUUCCGACCGCCAAGAUUCCGCAAAUCGCACAGAAACAGGUGCUCUGAACGAGACGAAGAAAAUCUUGAUAAUUAUGACGAGGAUGAUGAGGAUCACGAUGAGUCCUCAACGUUUGCCAAGAAUAAUACAGAUUUAGGCAAUCCAGUUGUCGCCGUUGUCUCACAAACUAUUCAGCAGUCCAAAGACGUUAAUGACACAGAGAACACGGGAGAAUCGUCGACGCAGAAAGCUUCGGACACACCACUACACUUCAGCUCAGGUUUUACUGCUUCAGAAGGCCAUCCUCAAUCAAUGAAUCAGAUCAAUAACCGCAUCGAUCAUUUAUCAAGGCAACUAGAGCAAUUAGAGUAUCGCAUGGUACGAGAUAUUGGACAAAUUUUGGCUCUGCUUCAGCAACAAAACCCAAUUCGCGGAGGAGUUCCUGUGUCGGAAUGCAGUCCUGGAGUUCUCGAGUCGCCGUCCGGGCAACAACAGCAAAAAACGUUAGAUGUAGAACGUCCUAAAGUAAAUUUCAUGGAGACACGCAGCUCUUGCAGCUUGCCGACCGUUGCCGAAUCACGAGCCGAAUCGCGCGGUGAUUCAUGGCAACCUGCCAAGGGCCUUUCCACUCAGCGGAGCCUGGAUUCGGCCAGCAAUCCAAGGUCUGCAGGGGAAAGUAAUACAUGCCGGACACGGAAAACAGCAUUCCGAACUACUCAGUGGCAUCCUUCGCAAGCCAGAUCGCUUACCUACGAUCCGUCCACACAGACAUUUGCUGAACCUGAUCGCAGCGAAUCGAUCAGCAUGGAACCCAGUUCGGUAGUACGAUGGUCCGGUGCUUCAACUUCCGUCUCGACCUCAAGACCAACGUCUUCCGGGUCAUCUUCAGCUGUUCCAGUUCCUAGAUCACCAAGUGGCGGCGGCAGCAGCUGCUGGGGGGAUGUAGAAGCCGUUGCGCAAGCUCCAUUAGCACGGCUAGAAUCGUCCGAGGAAAUUGUGUUCCCUAGUGUUGUCUGAUACAUAGACUGACUUCUUACUCGAUCACAGCAUCAGCAACGAUAUAUUCAGCGCAUUUCACAUCGGUUACUUCACUUUAGGCAUCUUCAGUGGCACGAUCAGCUCACUUUCUUUCCCUUUCAUCACACUUCUUUCUCUCCCGUCUCACUUUUUUUUUCACUCUCAUUUAUGCGUACCCACAUACGUGGUUUGUUAUACAGAAACGACAUGGUACAGCAGAUCUAGUGAAAUUUUGGCAUUUCUUCUGACCCACGAAACACAUGGAUGGGAAUGCCGACGCGCAAUGUGUCUUAUAGCCAUUAAAAUCCAAUUUUGGGCUCCUGUUUGCUCUCUGUCGCCCUACAAUGCGUUAAUCGUCUAUUAUCAUCGAAGGCGACGUCAGUGUAGGCGGAAUAAUACUCUUUGUGAAUUCUCAGUUUACCUCCAGAGAUCUUGUUUCGUUCUGCGGUUAUACUAUGAUCUUUUUGUAAAUAUUUCUCUCUACACUACUAUUCCACAUCAGUCGUACGACAGUAGCGCAUGCAGCCCACAGCUUGAUCUAGAAUGGCCUAAUAUGGAAUAGCCUGUAUGGAUGGACGGUAAUUGAACCGGAAUAGCCUAAUCGCCCAUGCCGCCAGAAACAAACAAACAAAAUCGCAAAGUUUUAAUUUUCUUCGUCUUUGUAUUAUCCCUCGCAAAAGUCUGUGUUUUUGCAUCGAAUAAUUUUAAACAUGAGCAAUUUUUGACACAUCGUUUUGUACUGACGGACAAAUCCGAAUGAUCGAUUGAAAAUCUCGGUCAAUGCUUCUUUUGUCAAAUCAUGGAAUGUGCAAACAAAGUUCGUAAAUCUUUUUCAAUCCAGAUCUCUGAAAGCUUGCGAACUUUCCAUUCAACCGUAAUAGUGAGUAAAAGAAGACAGCUAAGACCCGGAUUUGUUCUUCUACAGUCCAACCUCUUUCGCACUUUGACGCUGUAGCGAGAAAAUACAUAGAAGCCGACCUAGAAAUUCGUGGUGAUAUCAGUGAAUAAUAAUAAAAAAAAAGAGCAGUGCAGCUGUUCCCCGUAAAUCCAAAAACAAAAAAUCCCCUAACUUACUGAAGUUGCUUCAAGGACUUCCAAAUAUUUGCGAAUCAUGUCGAAGAGCGCUGUACAAGCAAGUAAUAUGAAUAUCAUAGUGAUUUCAAUGAUUCUUAUUCAUUUUUAAAACCUGUUGAGCUAUUCGUUUUUUACCUCAACUUCGACUGUUACUCUGUAUUUUUGAAUGUUCUGUAUGAUAUCUAGUCAUACCUUACCGUUUGAUAAUGCAAUCUUUUCCUCUUUAUUCUGCAAGAAUUACGAUCGAAUCUGGCGACCAGAAAUAUACAUUUUCUGAUUGUUA